AUGGAGGAGUGGAGGGAAUCCACGGCCGUGUGUAGUAGUAGUACGUCGCUCUCAAGCCGUGAAGUUGCUGAUAGAUUGUUAGAUUCAAUUGAAAAAGAAAUUGAAAAUUUUCGUGGCAAGGCCAUUGAACUUGAAAAAGAAAAGGAGGACUUGUUAAUGGGGCUUCAUGUGUUUGAAAUGAGCGAAUUCUUGCAAUCACUUGACAAAGAUGUGAAGGAUGAUGUUGCAUGUGUUAUGGAUCGCCUGGCUUGUCGUUGUUUGUCCAUUGAGAUAUCAGUGAUAACACCUAGAACCCCUUGUCAGGAAGCUGCUUUGGCCAAGGUUCAAGGAACAAUACAGGAGAUGCUUCAAACGAAACAGACAGAUCGACCAAAAACACUUCAGAUAGCAACAUUGAUGCUCAAUGCCUGCAUGCCCGACUCCACAGCGGCAGUGGACUACCGUUUUCAGGCUGAUGUGAUCGGCUGUGCAAUCGAUGAUCAGAAGCGAGUGCGCAGUCAACUGCAGAAGGUGGUUGAAGACCUUAAAAAGGAGAAGAGCGAGUCAUAAGGUUUAUAAUAACAGUGAAUGUGGGGUAGUGGAAGAGUACUCGCUGGCAGCCUUCAAGUUCAACCUUUAAAGAAGUCUUUCUUAGUGUAGAACGCAGGCAAUUACCAAACCUUGCGAUGACAGCACCAUCUUUUUAAAUGUUAAAAAGAUGGGCAUAACUACCAUAAUAUAAUUUGUAAAUCUACAUAAUCAAAUGUGGAUACAUGUAUACCAGGAGUAGAUAAUAGGGAAGGAGUGUGACUUCAAUAAACAAGGUGAAAUUUGUUCAUUUA